AUGACCGAAACAUUCCAUGGCUAUAUUGAUACUACACAAGAUGUACUAUUGGUAUUCGAAGGUUGUCGUCGAGGUCUUCUUCCAAGAGUCAGUCGUAGGCUACAAGAAAAAGAAAGAAAAUUGAUUCAAUCAGGCUCUGUAUUUGUCUUUUGUGAAAGGGAAUCAGGGGUGAAACGAUGGACUGAUGGUUUAGUAUGGAGUCCUUCUCGUAUCCUUGGCAAUUUUUUGAUUUAUCGUGAAUUGGAAAAAAGAAAUGGAGAAAAACGUAUACCUAAUGUGGAUCCUCGUCUACGGAGUUAUAGUAUGGAUGCUUCAUCUACUGUACAAGCAGCUGGUGGUGGGUUUUUGUCAGAUCGGGCCAAAGAAAAGAAACUUGUUGGUAGUUUAUCGGAUGUUUACAAUUUUCGACCUGAUGGACUUAUCAAGAAAACAAUGUCUAUUGUGGUGAAUGGUAGUACGCAACAUUUGAUCUCUUAUUAUCAUCCACAAGAUAUUAUUGAAAACAGAUUACGAAGACCUUCUUCUGUUCCUGAAUUAGCAAGUUUGGAAAUUUCUCCUGAAUUAUUGGUCAAACAAAAUUUUCGUAUUCCUCCAUUUAUUGAAGCUUCUGAAGCA